AUGGCUUCCCUCUUCAACUACGCCUCCAUGGCGCACAACAACCAUUUCUAUUUCAAUUGUCUAUCACCUGAAACCGUCCCAAUCCCAGGAAAACUCGAAGAAGCUAUCACUGAAUCAUGCUCCUCUGUCGAAUCUCUUAAAGAAGAAUUCAUUGCGACUGCCAAUGCCAUGUUCGGACCUGGAUUCGUUUGGCUAGUGAAGAUGAAAGAUACUGCCCAAUUGAAGAUCCUAGCAACCUAUAUUGCCGGCUCCCCAUAUCCUCAAGCACAUUUCCGACGUCAGCCAGUAGACAUGGCCACUCAGACUACCGGAAUAACUGGCGGCGAGAACAUAGAGGCUGUUGGAAGAAUUGCAUCCCGAACAUAUGGUUCCAUGGGACCCUUCGCACAACAGAAAUACCUCGCUCCUGGCGGCGCUGAUAUUCACCCCAUUCUCUGCGUUAACACUUGGGAGCACGUAUGGCUAAGAGACUGGGGAAUUGGCGGAAAAGCCGGAUAUCUAGAGGCAUGGUGGGAUAGGAUUAACUGGGAAGAAGUUGCUCAGAAUUAUAAGCAAGCCGGGCCGGAGUCAUCAUUUGACACGAGUAGGAAACAGAAGCCGUUCGGGUCACGCUAUUGA